CGCAUGCCCCAGAGCCGAGCCCGGUGCGGGCAGCUUGGGGCCAGCCUCGGGGCUGGCCGGACGCUGCAGGAAACUACAAUGGAGAAGACAUUUUCUGUGGCUCUGCUCUUCACAUUAGUCAUAUCAGUGUUAGGUAACCAUCAUGGAAUGGAACCAGAAAAAAGUGUUCCCAAUUGGGCAACUAGUAUUAAUGUUGAUUUGGCAAUUGUUACUCAGCGGCAGCACUUACAGGAGCUUUUCCAUAGAUACGGUGAGAAUAAUUCCUUGACAGUUGAAGGAUUUAGAAAAUUGCUUCAGAAUAUAGGCAUUGAUAAACCUAAGAGAAUCCAUAUAAAUCAUGACCAUGAUCAUCACCAUCAUCAUCAUGGUACCACAAAUAAAAAUAUUAAGAAAACUUUGUGUCCAGAUCAUGAAUCUGGUGGCACAAUUAAGGAUACUAGGAAUAGCCACAUUAAAGGAUUACACAAAUCAGAAAAUAUUGAGAGCCAGCCAAGCAUUUUGGUCAAGGACGGUGUUAGUGAGAUGACCACAGCAAUUUACAGCACUGCCAUAGGAGGAAAUCAUUUCCUAAAGACUACCAAACAGCUUCUGCCCAAAGAUUUGAACAGUUCCUUGGCACCCAACACAACAGAGGGUAAUGGUAUGAGCUUGCUGGCAAGAGGAAAAGCAAAUGAAUCAGUUGUGAAUGAACCAGACCGAGGAGGAAGUUCUAUAUAUUCUAAACAUUCCAACCAAAAUGUCCAGGAGUGCUUCAAUGCAUCAAAACUUCUCCAGUCUCAUGGAAUGGGCAUACAAGUAUUGCUGAAUGCCACAGAAUUUAAUUAUCUUUGUCCAGCUAUUAUCAAUCAGAUCGAUGGCAAAUCCUGUAUAGUUCACGUAACCAGUGAAAAGAAGACUGAAAUCCCUCCCAAGACCUAUUCUUUACAAAUAGCUUGGAUUGGUGGAUUCAUAGCUAUUUCCAUCAUCAGUUUCCUUUCUUUGCUUGGUGUCAUCUUAGUACCGCUGAUGAAUCGUGUGUUUUUCAAGUUUCUUCUAAGUUUUCUUGUGGCAUUAGCUGUUGGGACAUUAAGUGGUGAUGCCUUUUUGCAUCUUCUCCCACAUUCUCAUGCAAGUCACCACCAUAGUCAUAGUCAUGAGGAUCAACCCCUUCAAGCAAGCAGAGGACCACUUUUUAGUCAUCUAUCUUCUCAAAAUAUAGAAGAAAGCACUUACUUUGACUCCACUUGGAAAGGUCUUACAGCUCUAGGAGGCCUGUAUUUCAUGUUUCUUGCUGAACAUUUAAUCACAUUGAUUAAACAAUUUAAGGACAAGAAGAAAAAGACUCAAAAAAAGCCUGAAAGUGAUGAUGAGAUGGAGAUUAAGAAACAGUUGUCCAAGUAUGAAUCUCAACUUUCAACAAACGAAGAGAAAUUAGACACAGAUGAUCGGCCUGAAGGUUAUAUAGGGGCAGACUCACAGGACCCUGCACACUUCGAUUCUCAACAACCAGCAGUAUUGGAAGAAGAAGAAGUCAUGAUAGCUCACUCUCAUCCGCAAGAAGUUUACAAUGAAUAUGUAUCUAGAGGGUGCAAGAAUAAAUGUCAUUCCCAUUUCCAUGAUACUCUAGGCCAAUCAGAUGAUCUCAUUCAUCAUCAUCAUGAUUACCAUCAUAUUCUACAUCACCACCAUCAUCAGAAUCAUCAUCCCCACAGUCACAGUCAGCGCUACUCUCGGGAAGAGUUGAAAGAUGCUGGCAUAGCCACAUUAGCCUGGAUGGUGAUCAUGGGUGAUGGCUUACACAAUUUCAGUGACGGCCUAGCAAUCGGAGCAGCUUUUACCGAAGGAUUGUCAAGUGGUUUAAGUACUUCUGUUGCUGUCUUUUGUCAUGAAUUACCUCAUGAAUUAGGUGAUUUUGCAGUUCUAUUAAAAGCUGGCAUGACUGUUAAACAAGCUGUUCUUUAUAAUGCCCUGUCAGCCAUGCUGGCUUAUCUUGGAAUGGCAACCGGAAUUUUUAUUGGUCAUUAUGCUGAAAAUGUUUCCAUGUGGAUAUUUGCACUUACUGCUGGCUUGUUCAUGUACGUCGCUUUAGUCGAUAUGGUGCCUGAGAUGCUUCACAAUGAUGCUAGUGACCAUGGAUGUAGCCGCUGGGGGUAUUUUCUGUUACAGAAUGCUGGGAUACUACUGGGUUUUGGUAUUAUGUUACUUAUUUCUGUGUUUGAACAUAAAAUUGUAUUCAGUAUAAAUUUUUAAAUUGGGUCAUUAAUGUUAGAGUAAAUCUUUUCUACCUAUUUGUUGCUUUAUUUCAGAUGUAGGUCAUAAAGGAGGUGGGUUUUGUUGGUUUUUUUUAAUGUGCUUCAUAGAGUUUAUACUUAGUAGUACUUGAAAUUUUGUAUUAAAUAUUGCUGUUGGUUAUGACUGUAAAAUUGGCUACUGAAGUAACAAAAGGUACGUUUUAAUUGUUUAAGUUAUUCUGUUCUAGAAAUAUAGCUAUGAUGUGAAGGUUCACCAGUAUUUACACCUUUGCUGUAUAGACAAGUGAUGUGGUAUGGCAUGGCAUGUUCUAUAUAUAGUUCAGUUUAAAAAAAAAUUUUUUUCCUCUGAUUCCUUCAGAAAUUACUUUCCAACAUAGUUUUGCUCAUACCAGAUUUUAAGCCUCUGAAGUUCUUCUGUAAUCCAGGGUAGUGGAAUCCUUAGUAUCCUAAGAUAUGCUGUCUGUGGGAAAUGGAAGAUCUAUGCUUGAAAUCAAGAUGAGGAGCUAUAAAGAAAGAUAAGGACCUGUGAAGCAAGAGUGGUAGUCUGGGAGUACUAUUAUAAUUACAAAAAAGUCACUAUCUGUUUACCAGGUGAGGAAAGAAAAGAAUGUGAAGGCUUUGAAGUUGAGUGAAAGUUUAAUGGGUACACUGCAGGAAAAAAAAACCUAUUUUGGGCAUUGCUGUUUUAAUAUUCAUAGUAUUAUCAGGUGGAUACUUAGCCCUCUUUCUCUAAUAACAGAAAAUACAAAUAGCUUGAAUGAAAUCAUCGUAACACCGAGCAGUGUAAUGAUUGACUGGAAAAUCUCAAGUCCUAGAUGAUAGUGUAAUGGGAUAGGAAGCUUCGACAGGAAAUUCUUGCUUCUCCAGAAUAGUCUGGAAAUGAGAUGUUCUUAUUACUUGUGACUAGCCCUAUGCCUGUACCUACACUGCUAAUUAUCAAAGGAUUAGAACACAAUUACUUGUAAUAAUAACUACAGGUACUAAAUCCCAGAAACUGUUGAGCACAAUUUGAUCUUUCUUUUGUUAAUUAAGGCACUUCAUGAUCUUGAAAAGCCUCAAGGUCAACAUUUUGGACGUUACAUAUUAUUUUACGGUACUUUAGUUGUGACCCUGUGGCAUGUCCUGAGUUGUUUGUUCUUUAAAUAAAUCUUUUAUAUCA